GUGCAGCAGCAAACACCGGCGACCUCACAAAGAUGGGCUAAAGAAGGACACGGCUCGGCUCGACGCUGUGUGGACGCGCACAUUAACAACUAAAUUAGCCGAAUUUCAACACUUUUUGUCUCCAUGUCUUCCAGAAAGCGUAAAAGGUACUCCAAGGACAUAAAGUGCGUUUUCUUCCCGGAUGAUGUCGACGAUGGACUCCAAAAGGUUGGAAAGGAGACAUCCACACUGUCAACCGUGUCGUCCGCCAAGAGCUGGGAGAAAUGUGGGGACAGUUUUAUGGAGACUCCGGUGAUAAAGAACCUGCAGUCAUCAGGGAGGAAACUGUCUGCUGUAAGAAGGCUGACUCAGUCACCUGCUGCAGUGCAGACCGGUGCUCGUAUCGAGGACCCAGUGCACAUUGCGUGGAGCUCCAGUGACAGUGAGCGGUCCGACAGCGAGACCCAGGAGCGCCGUCCAUCCGGUGUUGUUGCACAGCAGAGGUCAGGGAGACCCACGGCUCCCACUCAGUCGUACACCAGAGCGCUGCGCAUGCUGAGCGACGAUAAAGAUGACCUUCCUGUUAUAGACACAGACAGCGAUCUGGAUGAGCCCGAGGAAGAUGCUGAGAAGGACAGUGGGCAGCAAAUCUCAGACUGCGAAUCCUCCGAUCACAAGCAGGAGGACUUCCCUCUUCAAUCUGCGAACGUAGAGGAGCCAGAGAUCUCAGGUUAUGUGUCUGAUGGGGAGGAUGUUGGCAGCACAUUGACCUCGAGCAGACUGGACUCUGAGAUCUUUCCUCCACAAACCGGCGAGGGCAGCAAAAGGUCAGUGAGCGACUGGGUGAGAUCCGCUCAGGCGAUGCUGCAGACGCCUCAGAAACCCAUCGACAGACAGUCCAAGACUCCUGAGGACUCCGCCAAGAAGAAGAGAAAGUUUCAGAGUGGAGGUCUGGCAGAGAGGCUGUGUCGACUUCAGUGCAGACAAAGGUCAGCUGUCAGCUUCUGGAAGCACCAGUCCAACUCUGGCUCCUCAGCAGCAGCAGCAACAGCAGUGGACAGGCCUGGCGUGCUGGUGCUGGAGGUGCUGGAGGUUCACGAGGAGUGCAGCAUGCAACUAGCGCACUGCGAGCAACGCCAGCCCCCCGGAGACGGCCACCAACACAGUAACCCGGUCUCUGAGGAGAGAGCUCGCGUGUUGGUGUUAUUCAACAGAGAGACAGCAGCCCAGCUGAUUCCUGCAGCCAGAGAUAUCAUCCACAUACACCCGCCAUGGCAGAGUCUGUCCAUCGAGGGCUUUAGCUGCUCUAUUAUUCUGAACACACACUUCAGCCAGAAAGUCCACUCUGCUUCCAAACGGGCCGGCGAGUUCUUUCCCAGAGGCCGGCUCUCUGCACAGAAGCGCAUGCCGUACUAUUUGGGUAGAAUAUUUGGACUGCUGGAGGUAUGCAGGACCACAGACGAGAGCAGCGCCAAGCAGGUUGCUGCCUCUGAUGCUCUCUGCACUUUCGGGAGUUCGGCAGCGUUGACGAGACGCUGCGUCUCUCUCCUAGAAGCCAUCGAGGGACUGGGCCAGGCCGGUUCUGUGGAGCAGGAUGUGGAGGUGGUGGUCCAGAGAGUUUACUCCAUCCCUGUGGUCGACUGCUUCCCCGUGUCCAUCCUCAAACCGAGAGUCCCCCUGAGGUCCUCCGCUGCUCCUCCUCCUCCUGCAGAAGGAGGCAAAACCAGGUUGUGUGUGCUGGUCCAGGACGGCUACGGGACCUUCAGCGUGGUCCAGCUCCACCUCCUGCCCCGCGAGGACGACCUCAGCCGGUACCGCCAGAUGUGGCAGGGGAGGAACUGUGUGCUGAGAGGCAUCAAAGUGGUGCAGCGGGUCACUCGAGAAAGGAGCUGCAGGCUUUUCAGCUUGAUAGACAGUCUGUGGCCCCCAGCGAUGCCUCUUAAAGAUCAUGGAAACACACUUAGUAUGCCCAGUGAAAGCCGACCCGUGGGCCCGGCUCCGAGCUUCUGCUACCUGCUGUCGGGUCAGCAGAGCUCGGUCGAGCCCACCGAGCCGCAGACCGAGUCCCCGCUGUACCGUCACCCGGCCACGCGAACCUUACAAGACGUACUGCAGAGCGAGACGACAACCUGCCGCUGCACUUUCACGGCCACUGUCUUGUACAAGAGAAUGCAGAGCACCGAUGUAGGCCAGGGUGAGGUUUGGUUGGUGCUGACAGACCCCAGUCUUCAGGAGGAGCAGCCCGAGACGCCUCGCAGACGAACAGUGGCUCUGUGUGUGAACGCUUCCUGCGCGCUCACUUCCUCCGUCCUCGAAGCACUGAAUUCCCCCGCUGUGUGUCGCAUGUCAUUCACAGAUGCCAUCAAAGAGCGCGGCGUCCUCGUCUGUGCCGAGCAGUCCGUCGUCGAGGUUUGCCCCGUGGAGCCCGAGGCCCUUCUCGAGUCCACAACCGGGCCUUUGCAGUCGCUGGCCGAGCCCCAGGCGGAGACCCUGCCCCGGCCUGUGAGACUGGAUCCCCUGAGCGCAGAGACCACACCCAACUCCCUGUGCACUCUCACAGGGGUGAUAGUCGGCGUGGACGAGAACACGGCGUUUUCUUGGCCCGCCUGCAAUCACUGUGGAAGUGACGGCUUAGAGAGGCCGGCUGAAGGACUUCAAAGCUUCAGCUGUGCUUCUUGCAAGACGGCGGUGGACAAGCCAGACACGAAGAUCCAGCUGGAGGUGUUCCUCACGUCGUCUUUGUUAAGCGACGGCACCAUAAAGGUUAAGCUGCAGCAGAAGACCAUCGAGUCGGUCCUGAACGCCGCGGCGCUGGAGAGCAGCGAGUUCCCAGGUUACGACGUGGAGAAUGUCCUGGGAAAAGAGGUGGGCCCCAUCCCCGCUUACGUCCGAGCCGUCACCAGGAAGCCUGCCCUCUGGAUCGGCCUGGAGGAGAUCCACCUCCGUAUCAAUCCUCAGGCUUCAGCUGGCUCCAAGGAUCUGCACACGGGGGCUUCGCUCUGAGCCAGUUUAUCCUCAUCUCCCCCUCUGAAGGCCUCCCUGACAGCGCGAGGAGAACGGGCUGCGGGAAGACAAGGUCCUGUUUGUGUUAAUGAUAUGCGGACCAGCAGUUGACAGCCCAAGGGUAGACCAGUGGCAUGCAGUCUGUCAGAGCGGCCCACGUGGUUCAUGGACUCCAGUGUGACUUUAAGAUCAGGACUGUUGGCUUUUUUCAAAACCUUCCCCCCUAUUCCAACUCCACUACCUCUGUACUGAAGUGUCAAUAAAGGUUUAUUUUUUGCUGA